AUGUCAUCAACGGUUGAUAAAGGCUGGAUGAAAUGUGCGCAUACUUCUGUUCAAUACAUAGAAGGUGUAAGAUCAUUCAUAGAGUUUGUGCGUAAAAAUGGUGGUGGCAGAACGAAGUUCUCCUGUCCUUGUAACAGUUGUAAGAAUGGUAAAGGACCUCUGUCUCUAGGUGAAAUUGAUUAUCGUUUGGUCAAGAAUUGUGUCCAGUUGACCUACACAACGUGGCGUUUCCAUGGGGAAAAGUCACAUAAAGAUAAACCUAGAAGUGAUAAUGUAGGAGUUGCAGUUGAAAACGUAGGAAUUGGAGUUGACAAUAUAGGAAAUUCAGCUGAGAAUGUGGAAGAUUUUGCUGAGAACUUUAAUCCUGCUUGUAGUGUACAUGAGAAUGUUGGCGUACACAGUAGGGUUCACAAAGAUGAUGGAACUAGUAGUAGCAAGAAAAAAAGAGAUUUUUAUGAGCGUGCUAGAGAAACUUUAUAUCCUUCAUGUCCUAAGGAAAAGACACCAUUGUAUGCUGCUAUUAAACUAAACAACAUAAAGACCCAAUAUGGAUUUUCUGACAAUGGUGUCACUGCACUCUUAGAAUUGUUUAACGAGUUUCUUCCUGAUGGAAAUACACUGCCCUGUAAGUUCCAUGAUGUAAAAAAGUCGAUACAAGAACUGGGGAUGGACUACAUAACCUAUGAUGCAUGCAUCAAUGAUUGUAUUUUAUACUGGAAGGAUCAUGCAUCAUUGGUUAAGUGUCUCGUGUGUCAAGAACCUAGGUAUGAGAAGGUAUUUAAUGACGAUAGGAAGAUUACGCAAGUUGUUUGCAAGAUGUUAAGACAUUUUUCAUUGAUAAAAAGGCUGCAAAGGUUUUAUAGUAUACCAUGGAUAGCAGAGGCAAUGUAUUGGCAUUCCAGAGCACAGUCAGAUGGAAAUGUUAUGCGUCAUCCAGUCGAUCCUUCCGCCUGGAAAUGUGCAGAUAAUUUUUCACUUGACUUUUCUAAGGAACCAAGGAAUGUAACAUUAGGGAUAUCAACUGAUGGCUUCAACCCGAAUGGGUGUUUAGGUCCUAGUCACAGUUGUUGUCCUGUAAUUAUCUGUCCGUACAACCUGCCUCCUUCAUUGUGCAUGAAAAGAGAGUUCGCAAUGCUAUGUUUGCUCAUAUCGGGUCCAAAAGUACCAGGGAAAGACAUAGAUGUAUACUUGCAACCACUAAUAGAGGAGUUGAUACAGUUAUGGAAUGAAGGUGUAAUCACAUACGACCCUUUCAAUAAAACCGACUUUCUGAUGAGAGCAAGAUUAUUGUGGGCUAUUCAUGAUUUCCCGAUAUUAGGGACUUUAGCUGGAUGUGUCACUUAUGGUUACUAUGCUUGUCCAACUUGUGGAGAAGGAACAGUUUCUGAACAUCUUCCAUUCACUAAGAAGAUUUGUUAUAUGGGACAUCGAAGAUGGCUGCCGGCAAAGCAUAAGUAUCAAGAUGAUAAAACCAUUUUCUCGGGAGGGGUAGAGCACGGUUCAGCACCAUGGCCACUGACAGGGUUUCAGAUUCAAGAGAUUGUAGCUAAUAUCAGAACCAAGAUUGGUAAGGGUAUACAACCAUCGGUAGCAAGUAAACUGAAACGUAAAAGAGUACCUGAAGGGGAAAGAUGCUGA